CGAUCUAUGGAAGUAAGUCGCGAUUUCGUCUCACCUAUUAGAUUCGAUUGUGGUUAAAAGUUAUAAAGUUUAUUUGUUAUUAAAGUGGGUCGGGACAGUGCGGCAUGCAAACAGUGAUAUAUUUAUAAAAACUACAAUAACUAUAAUAAAUGAAAAUGCACGAUUACUCAGUUCUAGUCCAAGAUGUCGUGAAAAAUUACGGAAAAACGCAAAUUCUGAAGAAGCUAUGCAUGAAAGUAGAGACUGGACAAAUAUACGGAUUGCUUGGUUCUAGCGGUUGUGGUAAAACGACCCUCUUAAGCGCUAUAGUUGGAAGAAGAAAAAUAGAAAGCGGAGAAAUAUGGGUUCUAGGUGGAAAGCCUGGAGAUCCUGGAAGCGGGAUUCCCGGUCCGAAAGUUGGAUACAUGCCGCAAGAAACAGCUUUGGUAAGAGAAUUCACCGUCAAAGAUGCCAUAUACUAUUUCGGCAGAAUUUUUAACAUGACAGAAAAAGCCAUAGAAGAAAGAUACAAAACACUGGACGAAUUACUCAAUUUACCACCCGAAAACAGGUAUUUAAAAGAUUGCAGUGGAGGACAGCAAAGACGGGUCUCUUUCGCAGUUGCUCUGGUUCAUCAGCCAAAAUUACUAAUCUUAGACGAACCCACCGUGGGCAUAGACCCACUUCUACGAGAAAGAAUAUGGUCGUAUUUGUUCGAAGUAACGAAAAAAGAAAAAAUAUCUGUGAUAAUAACGACGCAUUAUAUAGAAGAAUGUAGACAAGCUGAUAAAAUUGGAUUAAUGCGUGAUGGAAGACUUUUAACAGAAGAUUCGCCCGAUAAUUUAUUAGCCACAUUCAAUACACAAACUCUAGAAGAAGUUUUUCUCAUCUUAUCCCAAAGACAGGAAGCGGGACAGUUACCUCUAUCAAACGAAACUACAGUGAAUAGUAGCCGAUUGAAUGAAACGAAUGAACAAUAUGAAUCUACCAGUGUGAUGUCGUCUGUACAAAGCAUACCUGAAGGAUAUAAAUCUACGGAUAUGCUAACGAAAAAGUUGAAACCAAAUAUCAGUAUUAUAGGAAAGAGAAGGAUGAGAGCAUUAUUAGACAAAAACGCUAAACAAUUUUAUAGGAAUACAUUAUCAAUUUCAUUUCUAUUGGCAAUGCCUAUAUUACAACUAUUGUUGUUACUGUAUUCAGUGGGCUUAGAAAUGAGGUAUAUCCCUAUAGGUAUUGUCAACGACGAAAGCAUGAGCGCGUUCUGUCCAGAUUUUUCCAUAAUUGGUUCAGCAGAACCAGAAAAAGACGUACUGUCCUGCCAUUUUCAUAAUCUGUCAUGUCGAUUUUUAAAAUAUCAUCUCACGGAUCCUAUGAUAACAAAGGUGGAGUACCAUUCGUUAAAAGAGGCGACAGAAGACGCGAUGCAUGGCAAAGUGUAUGGCGUCAUGCACUUUGCACAAAAUUUUUCCGAAGCUCUAGAACUCCGAGGAGAAGAUGGCAGGGAUGCUUCCAAUGAAACUCUCGAAUUCAGCACGAUCAAAGUACGACUCGAUAUGUCUAAUCAACAAGUAGGAAUCAGCGUGCAAAACAAACUGAGAAAUCUGUAUAUGGAUUUUCACGAAUCAUUGUCAGCUGACUGCAAUUAUCCAAAGGGAUAUGGUGCAGUUCCUGUGCAGAUGAAUUACGAAUACGGAUCAAGGGACGAAGACUAUCAAGUAUUCAUGAUACCAGGCAAUAUGAUUACGAUGAUGUUCUUCUUCGGAGCCACGAUGACGUCCCAAAUUAUGAUAAGCGAAAAACACGAUGGGAUAUGGGACAGGUCCAUAGUAGCUGGUGUAACGUCCUUUGAAUUGAUCGCUUCCCAUUUAUCGUUCCAGGGGGUGAUCGCGCUUUUCCAAUCAUUCGAGAUGAUCGCUUUGGUUUAUAUCGUUUAUCAGUACGAAUAUUUUGGAAAUAUUUUUCUUAUGUACGCUAUACUUGCGAUGCAAGGCGUUUGCGGUAUGGCAUUCGGACUGUUCAUAUCUGUGAUUUGUUCGAAUAUAACAAUGGCUAAUAACGCUACUAUGGGUUUCUACCUCCCAAUGAUAAUCGUCAGCGGAGUAUUGUGGCCGAUACAAGGAAUGCCAGAAGGAUUACAAAUACUAGCAAAAAUCUUACCAUCCGCGAUUCCGAUAGAAUCACUGAAUACAGUAGUGAAAAAAGGCCUAUCUAUCGAUUCAUGGAUAGUCGCGUGUGGACUGGGACAAUCCAUUUUGUGGACAAUCGUUUUCGUUACAUUAAGUUUAAUUUUCUUACGAAGACAAAGAUAGGCUAAAUGAAUUGAUAAAUAAUAAAAGAAAAGUCAAAAA